GGGUCCCGGCUGGCGCCCCUGCCCGCUCCUCCCCGCCUCCCCUGGGCGCCCAAUCCCGGCCGCGGAGGCCGCUCCCCUCCCAGCCGCACCUGCAGCCGGGAGCCCCUAAGCCCGCAGCAGCCGCACGGAGCGCUCGGCCGCUAGCCGCGGACCCAGGUCCCGGAGCUGGGCUGCUAGAGCCUCUCCCGUCCAGAACACAGACGCUCUGUUGUUGGGUAUUUCAUGAGGGCCCUUCUUCAACAGCAGGUGAGAGCGUGACUUGUCCAUAAGCCAUGUCGGUGAUGGCCGUGCAGAUGGGGGGCCUGGCCCUGUCGGUGUUGGGCUGGCUGGGCACCUUCCUGACCUGUGCGUUGCCCAUGUGGAAGGUGACGGCUUUCAUCGGCUCCAACAUCGUCGUGGCCCAGGUGUUCUGGGAGGGGCUGUGGAUGAACUGUGUGUACGAGAGCACAGGCCAGAUGCAGUGCAAGAUCUACGACUCGCUGCUGGACCUCUCCUCGGACCUCCAGGCAGCCCGUGCCCUAGUUGUGGUCUCCAUUUUGGCAUCCUUCCUUGCCCUCCUUUUUGCCAUCUUUGGGGCCGAGUGCACCAGGUGCGUCGAUGACAAGGAAGCCAAGGCAAAGAUCUCCAUCACCGCCGGGGCUGUCUUCAUUCUGGCUGGGAUUGUGCUGCUCAUCCCCGUGUCCUGGUCGGCCAACACCAUCAUCAGCAACUUCUACAACCCCAUGGUGCCAGAGGCUUUAAAGAAGGAGCUUGGGGCUUCCCUCUAUGUGGGCUGGGUCUCAAGUGCCCUCUUGGUGUUUGGGGGGAGCAUCCUGUGCUGCUCCUGCCCCCACAGCCAAGAGGCGCCAUACCCCAUGAAGUAUAAAAUGGUGAAGCACUCCAGCCUGGGGAGCUAUGCCCUUAAGAACUACGUGUGAGGGGCCCUGCCUUUCCCUCCCUGGAGACCCCACUCCUGCCCCAGUCCAUCCCACAUGCUCACAGGGGCCCCUUUACAGCCAUCCAAACGGAUGUUGGCUUCAAGCCGAAGUGUGUGAAAUUUGUAGGGGUUCCCCUCCCAGUCCAGAUCCUACCCCACAUGUAUCCUCCCACCUGUAUCCCACCCUCACCUGUCUCACCUCCCCAUGCAUUUCCCUGCCUGAAUCCUGCCCCACCCAUCCCACCUCCCCAUGCAUUUUCCUGCCUGCAGCCCACCUGACCCAUCACAUCUCCUUACGUGGAUCCCAUACCCCUGCAUCCAACCCCACCCGUCCCACGUCCCUAUGUAUCUUCCCACCUGUAUCCCAGCCCAGACAUCCCACCUCCCCACAAGUAUCCCCCCGCCUGCAUCCCACCUCCCAAUGUGUAUCCCACCCCACGUUUCCCUGCCUGAAUUCCACCCCACCAUGUGCAUCCCCCCUGCAUCCCAUCCCACACAUCCCACCUCCCACAUUAUCCCUCCUGCCUGCAUCCCACCCCACACAUCCCACCUCCCCACAUAUAUCCCCCCCGCCUGCAUCCUACCCAUUCUUUCCCACCUCCCCACGUGUAUCCCCCUGCCUGCAUCCCACCCCACCCUUCCCACCUCCCCACGUGUAUUCCCUGCCUGCAUCCCACUGCACCCAUCCCACCUCCUCAUUUGUAUCCCCCCCGUAUCCCACCCCACACAUCCCACACAUAUUCCCUCCUUUCCCAUGUCCCACCCCACAUGUCACCUCCCUACAUGUAUCCCCUACUUGCUGGUGUCCUGCCCCAUGCAUCCACCCUCUCUUCCCAUGUCCUUCUCCACAUGCCUUCUCUUCACCCACAUCCAACUUGACAUGUGCUCUGGACCCCCAUAAUAUCUAAGUGCCUUCUAGUCACGCAUUAAGCAAUGUGACUAACAUCUGUCACCUGUCAGAGGGAGAUGUGUGUGCAGUGUAGUGCUUUGCUUGUUUGUAUACACACACACACACACUCAGGAAAGGCUGGUUAGAACAGUGCAGUUUGCACUCAGAGAGGAAGGCGAUGAGGUUGGUGAUGGCCCACAUAGGCUGGUGAACCUGAUCAUCAGCCUGGGCCAAUCAGGCACGUCCAGGUCAGUCUAUACCCCUUUCCUCAAGGCUGUUUAUUCUUUAACACAAAAAAGAAGCAUGGAACAAUAACAAAAAGCUACAGUCCUGUUCUCAGCUGUGACUGUGGGGCUCCCCAGCCUCUGAUAGCUUAAGGGGCUGGAUCUUCCCCACCCUGGAGCAGGGGGAACGGGGUUUCCUGCCCUCUCACACCCUCCUGCUGCAGCCAACAGAGACCACACUCCCAACCCUCUCCUGGAGCUGGGCUCUCCUUUAUAUCCCCUGGCUGGGAAUCAUCAGCCCAGUCACUCAAUGCUACCCAGAAGGGCCAGACUGGCUAGUUAUAGUCCUUGCUUCCAGGGGAGGUCAGUGCAGGCUGGGACCAGCCUGCACCAAUCUCUGGCUCCUGCAUACACCAGUUGUGCCCUGAUGUGCAGAGUUCCAUUGGCCUGCGGGAGCAGAGUUGUUGACCAUGGCUCUCAUCCCAGUGUUUAGGUGCUGUCAGGUAUCCUGGGGCCAGGCCACGGAACCCCUUGAAGAUAAGGCCCGAGACCUUGCUCUUGAUCCGAGGUGCUGUGGGAAGCCAGCGCAGAGAGCAGUGGACAGGCUGGAUGUGCCAGCCUGUGGAGACGUGCUGCAGCAUUCUGAACUAGCUGGAAUUUCCCAAGACCUGAAGGUAUCAUGCCCACUGUUGCUCUGCUGCAGUCCAGCCGCAAAGGGACAAUGGUGUGAGCAAUAGAGGCCAGAUCUUUGUCUCCAAGCCAGCCUGGGAUGGUAGAAAUCAGCCACAUCUUGUCCCUGCAUGCGCCCUCCCCACUUCAUCCCAUCUGGGCCCUGUCCCAUAUGUCCUGUCCUGUCCAGGUGCUCUCACCACCUGUUCAACAUGUGACACCUCCAUGUCUGUGCCUUGCCCCUCAGCCCACUGCCUGUGGUUGCAGGGUCUGGCAGCUGUGUUCUCUCUGUCCCUCCCAGCAGUUGGGGAAUGUGGGACCAAGAAGAGGUGAUGGGGGAGUUUUGCUUAAUGCCCCUUGUCCAUGAAAUACCCCUCCCUCCUGGGGCUCAGCACUGGGCUGCCAUAUCCGUGAGGGAGUACCACAGGCUAGACAGAUAUUACGUAUAUAGCCUGACAUUUCAGAACUGGGGCCUAGUUUUCGGUGUCCAACAGGAGACCCAGUGGGCCUUAUUCAGCCAGAGAACCUCUUGGCUUCAGCUGGCACUUCAGGAGAUGGGCCCAGGGGGGUCUCAGCUGGGCUCUGCAAAUCAGCAGCCACAUCUGUAAAUGGUUGCCUUACUAUGUGCCGCAUACGGCCCCCAGAGCCACUAGCACCAGCGGCUGAGGAGACAGAGGAGUUGGCUAGCUGUGCCAUGCCGGGGCUGGGGGAGAGGAGCGGGCAGCCAAUCAUGUUGUGCUUUGGGUGGUGGUCAUCCCCCUUGGAGAUCUCUGUGCCUGUGUGAGCAGGUCUUGGUGUCUGAAUCCUGCAGCACGAGGCCUGAGCAGUUCCAGCAGCUCUGUGGGAAGAUGCUGUUUAUUGCCGUUGGCCUCGCUGGGCCAGCUGACCCAGGCUGGUUUUAAUAAAGGCUUUGGUAG